GGGUCAUUGUCAACAUACCUGCAAAAUACAGGUCAACCCUCAGCUCAAUCCAUCUUGCUCUUCUGUGCAAUACCUCUACAGUGAAAGAGUGUGGUUAUGCAAAGGUCCUGCAACCUCUUCUCUAUGACCUUAAGACAUUGGAACAGGAUGGUGUUUACCUGGAGAAACUAGGUUCAAAUGUGAAAGGCACAGUCUUGUAUGUUGCUGCUGAUAAUCUUGGUGCCCAUUCCCUUGCAGGAUUCCUGGAAGGCUUCACUGUUGAUAAGUUCUGCAGGUUCUGUUUAGCCAGCAGCAGUGACACUCAGCAACACAUGAUGGCUGCGCAAGAGAAGCUGACUAUGAGGGUUAUUAUCACUGAAGCAGAUAUAAGAAAGAUGACAAUGACAACACAACCUAACAGUGUUGAAGAUUUGAUUGACUGGCUCCAAAGCUCACUCCAAGUAAACUACAGCUUCACCUUGCAGUUCCAAGAUCCCGAUUUUAACAACGAACUGUGUAACCUGACAGAUCUCUCUGAGCUCCCAGACAAGCCAACCAUCAAAAUUGUCCCUAUAAUUACCCUUGUACCAGUCGCUGCUCCAGCUGAAGCAUGUAGUGACUCAAGCAGCCUCGCAGAUACAGAAAUCCUGUCCAACUCCUCUCUGGAUAGAAGUUUUCAGUGGCCAGAAGAAUUUGAAAUUCCCAAGUUUCCUGUGGAUGUUGAGUACAGACUCCGACAAGGUAACCUGUUGUAUCUCAGGGAUGGAGCACAUCUGCAAGUGACAAAAGAGCUGAAACACGAUAUCCUUGAGAAACUGGCUGAGACCUUGUAUACAUAUGAUGCAUACCCAUCAAAGCAAGAUUUUGAAGCUGUUGCAAAAGCCUUAGUGCAAACCCACCCAUGUCUCAAGGAACCAGGCUCAUCCUCUGGCUGGGAAGGAUGGAAAAAUAGUAUGAAGUUCAAGAUGGGUAACUACAGAAACAAAAUGCGCCUUCUCAGUCGACGUGAGGUCACUGUCAAUAGUGGUAAACGUGGAAGAUACACAGAUGGUGGACCUCCCCACAAAGACAUCAAAAAGCCAAGAAAAGGGGAGAUCAAUUUCCUCCCUAAGAAUCCAGAAGGGAAGGAUGACCGCAACCUGGAAGCAUCUCGUCAGGUUCUGGUCAGUGAAAUGAUGAAGAAGACACCAAAUGGAUCCCUCAUCAAGAAAGAGAUGGAUGUGACGUUUGCUCUGCGGAGAAAAGAAGUUGUUGAAGAUGUGUAUGAGAUCAGCCAGAUGGUACAAAGAUGGCCAGCUCUUUUCACAGAAAGACAGGUUUACUGUGAGUUCAACAGAGUGGUGGGAAAAAAUCUCAAAGACAACUUCUUUGAUGCACUGGACCGUUUCUCCCCAAGCCUGAUGGAUCUCUUCAGGAAAAAGAAAGGUGUCACCGGCCAACUCCUGUCUGAGCUUUUACGUCAAACAAAGACCACUGAGCCAACAGACAUCAGAUGCCUUUGUCUUCGGGGACUGCCAGUCAUCUUGGGGGAUGAGCCCUCUGCCUUCUUCAAAACCUGCACUGAUGUGACCAACAAGGAUGGGUACAGCCAAACUCAACUGGGAAUCCUCUGUGUCGAAGAAAAUCCUCAGCUCAACCCUUCCAGUGUGGCAAUUAUCUUGGAGGGUAAUGUGGUGAUGGAUGAACCAGCCGACCUGCCUCAGGCUUUCUGUGUCCUGUUCGGACUCAUUUAUGCCCUACACCUGCAGUACCCAAAGUGCAUGAAACACACAUUCAGCUUUGUUCAGCAGGUAAUGUUAAACCUGGGUAGAGGAGAGCUGGCACCCAAAAUACAGACUUUGAAAAAUCAGCUUGCAGUGUGAAACAGGGUUCUGAAAAGUUAGCUACUGCUCCAUAUAGUAAGUCUUUGGACUUUAAUGUUGCAUGUUUACACUGUUUUUACCCUUUAAGUUAGCUGGCAGUAGCGUCAGAAGGGGAGCACCCGUCUUUGUUCAAUAUAUUCAUGUUAAUAAUGUUCCUAUGCUGAAGCACCAAUAAGUGCGUAUGUUGUCAGCCUACUACUGAUUAAUGUGACUUUUAUCAUCUGAGAGCAUAUUGCAUUUUUGUCUUUCCAACAAAACAACUCCAUUUAUGUGGGAAAUAAAAAAAAAAAAAAACAGAAAACACAAAAUUUACUCAGAAGAUACAUUUACAAAGGACAAAAACAGAGAUCUAUGAGGGGAAAAAAUAACUUGAGCGAAAAUUUAAUUUACAAGAAAAAAAUGUCAAUAUUCUGAGACAAAAGUCACACAUUGUUGAGAAAACAAAUCUAAAUUUCAUGAUAAACAUUUUAUCAGAUAACAGCGUUAAGCAGACAUGAGUUCAUCCUUGUUAAACUGUAUGUUUUGAGUGAGUGUUUUAGUUAGAUUUUGACUGUUUACAUUCUUCAGGGUAAGUGCACUUGUUCAAACAACAGUAGCUCUGUUCUACUAAACUUUUAUGUUUCAUCUGAAAAUUUCCUCAGGAAAAUUUGUGGCAAAUUUUUAGCC